AUGUCUUCUGGACCCGAUCCCGAAAAGGGAGAGGGCUCACCUACACCCUCCCCCCCGUCCAUCCAUUCCUCCACCUACAGCAUCACCACUGCGCAAUCAGAAGAACAAGACUUUGAUCAUGAAAAGAAGACGGCCCGCACUCAAAUCCUCGAGGACGAUUCUGAGCCUCACCAUGACGCCCUCGUCCCAACCGUCAGCUUGGCAACGGCAGUACAGCCCACGGGCGACGCCGCUGGACAAGAAGCUGGCCGCUCCAGGUCUAGGGCUUCAACUACGCGGUCAAAGACUCUGAACAUCAUUCCUCGCUCUCAGCGCCGUGGGCUGCUAGGCCGGUUUGCUGUUGUGCCUGAAGUUGACCGUCCCUAUGAUUACAAGAACUCGACCAAAUGGGGCAUCACUUUGACUAUUGCUGUGGCAACUGCUGCCGCUCCUCUCGGUUCCUCCAUCUUUUACCCUGCUCUGCCUGAGAUGACCAAGAGUCUCAACACCACCGAAGACAUUGCCAACCUCUCUGUCGCCCUUUACAUGAUCUCCAUGUCCAUCUUCCCCCUCUGGUGGUCGUCCUUCUCAGAGCAAUUCGGCCGCCGCUCCAUCUACAUCAUCUCCUUUGCCCUCUUCCUCAUCUUUGCCAUUCUCUCCGCCGUUUCCACCAACAUCGCCAUGCUCAUCGUCUUCCGUAUCUUCACCGGCGGUGCUUCCGCCUCUGUCCAGGCAGUUGGCGCCGGCACCAUUGCCGACAUCUGGGAGUCUCAAGAGCGAGGCCGUGCCAUGAGCAUGUUUUACCUUGGACCGUUGCUUGCGCCCCUGAUUGCACCCAUUGUGGGGGGUGCUUUGGCGCAGGCCUUUGGAUGGAAGGCUACCAUGUGGUUCCUUGCAAUCUACGGGUUCGUCAUCUUGGCCAUGUUAAUCUUCUUCCUUCCCGAGACUCUGGCACGAAAGAAGGUUGAGGUACCUGUUGAGGAACCCGCUCCUGAAUCGAUUCGUCGCAUGACGACCACCGAGUCUGCCAAAGUUCAGACCAGGAAACUCGCUGCGAGCGCCAAACGAGUGUUUAUUGAUCCUCUCAAGGUGCUCCUCUUUCUCCGAUUUCCUCCGGUAUUCAUCACCGUCUUCACCGCUGCCAUUGCUUUUGGUGCGCUCUUCAUCUCCAACAUUUCCAUUCAGCAAAAAUUCUCGCAGCCUCCUUACAACUACAGCGAGAUCAUCGUUGGCCUGCUCUAUCUCCCUGCAGGUCUGGGCUACUUCAUCGCCUCCCUCUUCGGAGGCAGAUGGAUCGACAAGAUCAUGGCUAGACAGGCUAUCAAAGCAAAUCGAUAUGACGAAAAUGGCAAGCUUAUCUACUUGCCUGAGGAUCGCUUCAGGGAGAACAUGUGGCUGGCUAAUACCAUGUACCCUAUUGGAUUACUGAUUUACGGCUGGACGCUCAACUAUGGUGUCAUUUUCAUCGUUCCCGCUAUCGGCAGCUUCAUCUUUGGCGCGUCAUCCAUGCUCGUCUUUUCCGCUGCUACCACCAUGCUCACGGAAUUCGUGCGCAAGAAGAGCUCUGCCGGCGUUGCAGUCAACAAUUUUGUUCGCAACAUUCUCAGCUGCGUCGGUGUUAUCGUCGCGGCUCCGUGGAUUGACGCAAUAGGUGUGGGAUGGGUGUUCACCACUGUAGCUUUGUUUUGUAUGAUUGCUGGUUACAUUGGCAUUUGGACGUUGAGGAGGAAUGCGCCUGAGUGGAGGAAACAGAUGGACGAGGCGUUGAAGAACAUAUAA